AUGUCCAAUUCUACGUCCAACCCGGUCAGCCCGCCAAGCCCACUCCAGCCAACAGUGGUAUCAUCGGUAUCUGCGGAAAACACUCCUGCCAAUGGCCUUGAUCAAAAUUCCUCGUCACCUUCUCAGUCAACCUCGUCUGAUAAGUCGCCUUACAAAGCUCGACAAUGCUUGAAUGAUAAGAACGACAAGGAAGACCCCUGGAACAAACGCCAUCGCAACACCAUGGCUGCUCGACGAUAUCGCCAACGCCGCGUUGAUCGACUCGCUGAUCUUGAACGUCGUCUCGAGGAGAUGACAUCCGAGCGUGACGAUAUGCGUGUUCGUUUGGCUCGUCGAGAAGCUGAGGUUGGUGCCUUGCGGGAUGUGUUGUCUGCAAAGAAGUAG